AUGCUGUCAAAGGAGAACGUAUUCUCGUCUCUGUCUCUUCAACCUAAUAUAAGUGAGAAUUUUCUUCAUCACAUUUUAAUUUUGGCUGAUCUAUCCUGUCCAGGCGCAAACGAGUUUCUAUUACAGGCUAGCGACCAGGGUUACUUCAAGUCCCCUUACAAGUGGCUUAUCAUAGGUGAAUACAAUCACAAUCUGAAAGACUUAGAUUUACCAUUGAAUAGCGACGUUGUUUUCGCACAGCCACGUGGUGACGAAUAUCAUUUGAUUGAGGCGUAUAAGAUUGCAGAGUAUUCAGAAGUUAUUUUAAGCCUGAGAGCCGUCUGGCGGCCUGCCAGAUAUGAUUUUAAAAACUCGACUCUUGUAGAAAUCGUCAAACAAAAUAAAAUAGUAAAGUCUGCGUACGGUGUUAUGGAGGAUUAUAGAGGUGUCAGAAUGUUGCCAGUAUCAGCGAGACGCAGGGAUUUGAGGAAGCACAAUCUGACUAUGGCCAACGUCAUCACAGAUAGCAAUGAGACCAGACAGCACCUCGACGAUAGGCUAAAUCUGCACCAGGAUUCCAUAACCAAGAUGUCGUAUGUCGUGGCGAAGAUCUGCUUCGAUAUGCUGAACGCUACGGAGAACAGAAUCUUCACGCACACUUGGGGCUACAAGGACAAAAACGGCAACUGGCAGGGCAUCAUCGACCAUCUGCUCAAGAAGAAGGCAGAUCUUGGUACCCUGACUAUAUUUACCCAGGAGCGCAUGAAGGCCAUAGACUACAUAGCCAUGGUAGGUUCUACCGCGGUCCGGUUCGUGUUCAGGGAGCCCCCGCUGGCUCUGUUGGAGAAUAUCUUCACCUUGCCAUUCACAUCGGCUGUAUGGAUAGCGAUCGGCAUCUGCGUGCUUGGUUGUGCUGUAUUCUUAUACAUAACAUCCAAAUGGGAAGCCACGGUGGGAAUGCAUCCGUUACAGCUAAGCGGUUCAUGGGCGGAUGUGUUGAUACUGAUCAUUGGAGCCGUCCUCCAACAAGGAUGUACGCUUGAACCAAGAUACGCCGCUGGUCGAUGUGUGACCUUACUGUUGUUCGUGUCUCUCACCGUGUUGUUCGCGGCGUACUCCGCCAACAUCGUGGUGCUGCUCCGAGCCCCCAGCAGCUCCGUGCGCUCGCUGCCCGACUUACUGAACUCACCGCUGAAGCUGGGUGCCAGCGACUUUGAAUACAACCGGUAUUUCUUUAAGAAACUCAACGAUCCCAUACGCAAGGCAAUUUAUAGCAAGAAAAUAGCUCCGUCAGGCAAGAAGCCAAACUUCUACAGCAUGAAGGAGGGAGUCGAGAAGAUAAGGAAGGGAUUAUUCGCUUUCCACAUGGAACUUAACCCCGGAUAUCGGUUAAUCCAGGAGACUUAUCAGGAAGAGGAGAAAUGUGAUUUGGUUGAGAUCGAUUACAUAAAUGAAAUUGAUCCCUGGCUGCCCGGACAGAAGCGAUCGCCUUACAAGGAUUUGUUUAAAAUAAGCUUCAUCAAGAUUCGUGAGUCGGGCGUGCAGUCGUGUGUGCACCGCCGGCUGCACGUGGGUCGGCCGCGCUGCUCCGGCAGCGUGUCCACCUUCAGCAGCGUGGGCAUCACGGACAUGUACCCCGCGCUGCAAGCCACGCUCUACGGCGCUGUCAUGUCCGUAGCCGUGCUCAUGAUGGAAAAAGUUCACUACAAACUAGUCCAGAUGAAAAAAAAGAAGGAAGAAAUUUAAUAUCCCCGUAGAUCGAAACCUCUCAGAGGCUUAAAACGUAGUUCGUAGAACCGACCCAUAAUAAAUUGACGAAUGCACGCGAACCACCGUAAUAGCAGCUCAUUUCGACGGCCAAUAAUAUUAAAGCUCACCAAAUACGUAAUUAUCUGAAUUUUUUAUUACUUACGCUUUUGCUCCUAAUGUAUGUCCCGUGUUCUGUAGAUUAUUAUUAAUAAAUGUUUAAAACACUAAA